AUGACAGCCGAGAAGAGCGGACCGGUUAUAAAUGGUAAACCAGAGGAUGGCAGGGACACGGAUGACUCAAGUUCCAGCCUAGACAACAGGGAGUACUACGAGAGGGGCCAGUGGAACAACAAGAUCGAGUUUGUCCUGUCCGUGGCUGGAGAGAUUAUUGGGCUGGGCAAUGUCUGGAGGUUUCCCUACCUCUGCUACAAGAAUGGAGGAGGUGCCUUCUUUGUUCCAUACGUCAUCUUCUUUGUAUGCUGUGGUAUCCCCGUAUUUUUCCUGGAGACUGCCCUUGGUCAGUUCACCAGUGAGGGAGGCAUCACAUGCUGGAGGAAAGUCUGCCCCCUGUUUGAGGGCAUUGGCUAUGCAACCCAGGUGAUUGAAGCUCAUCUAAACGUAUACUAUGUAGUUAUCCUUGCCUGGGCCAUCUUCUACCUCUUUAACUGCUUCACCACUGAGCUCCCAUGGGCUGGCUGUGGCCAUUACUGGAAUACUGAGAACUGCGUUGACUACUAUGGAGAAAACGCCACCAACAUUACUAACCCCAAUGCAACCUCCCCUGUUAUUGAAUUCUGGGAACGGAGGGUCCUGAAGAUAUCUGAUGGCAUUGAACACGUAGGGGGCAUGCGCUGGGAGCUUGCCAUGUGCCUGGCACUGGCCUGGUUUAUCUGCUACUUCUGCAUCUGGAAGGGACCCAAGUCAACUGGCAAGGUCGUGUAUGUGACUGCCACUUUUCCUUACUUCAUGUUGCUAAUUCUGCUGAUCAGAGGAGUAACGCUGCCAGGAGCGUUCGACGGCAUCAAGUUUUACCUCUACCCGGACAUCUCCCGACUUUCUGAUCCUCAGGUUUGGGUGGAUGCAGGAACACAAAUCUUUUUCUCUUAUGCCAUCUGCCUGGGCUGCCUUACUGCGCUUGGUAGUUAUAACGCCUACAACAAUAACUGCUACAGGGACUGCAUCAUGCUGUGCUGUCUAAACAGCGGCACAAGCUUUGUAGCAGGUUUUGCUAUUUUCUCCGUGCUGGGAUUCAUGGCGUACGAACAGAACGUGCCCAUUGAGGCCGUAGCAGAAUCUGGUCCUGGCCUUGCCUUCAUUGCAUACCCAAAAGCUGUGACCAUGAUGCCUCUGUCUCCACUUUGGGCCUGUCUAUUCUUUAUGAUGCUGAUCUUUCUUGGACUGGACAGUCAAUUUGUGUGUGUGGAAAGCCUGGUGACGGCUGUGGUGGAUAUGUACCCAGAGACGUUCAGGAGAGGCUACCGCAGAGAACUGCUGAUUCUUGGCAUGUCUAUUGCUUCUUUCCUUAUCGGACUCAUCAUGUGUACAGAGGGAGGGAUGUACGUCUUCCAGCUGUUUGAUUCGUACGCUGCCAGUGGGAUGUGCUUGCUCUUUGUGGCCAUCUUUGAGUCCAUAUGUAUCGGAUGGGUUUAUGGCAGCGACAGAUUCUACCGAAACAUUGAGGACAUGAUUGGCUACAAACCUGUUUUCUUCAUCAAAUGGUGCUGGAUGAUCUUGACCCCAGGCAUCUGUGCUGGUAUUUUCCUGUUCUUCUUGAUCAAAUACAAACCACUCAAGUACAACAAUGUGUACAUCUAUCCUGACUGGGGUUACGGCAUCGGCUGGUUCAUGGCGAUGUCCUCUAUGGUGUGUAUCCCUCUGGGAAUGAUCUGGAUGAUCUGGAAGACUCCCGGCACUUUCUCUGAGAGAAUGAAGAAGUUGACAACGCCCAGCCCGGACCUGAAAAUGCGAGGCAAGCUCGCCGCUCUCAGUCCGUAUGCCGCCAACGACGCCAUGCUAAAGGCUGAUGGGAAAAUAUCCACUGUCUCAGAGAAGGAAACACAUUUCUAA